AUGCGCUGCUCCACCCUCCUGUGUAUCCUGACGGGGGUUCUGCUGUACCUGGUGCUGGGGGCCGUGGUAUUCCAGGCCCUGGAGGCUCCCCGCGAGGAGGGCCAGCAUCUACGGCUACAGGACAGCCGCCGAGCCUUCUUGGAGAACUACACCUGCGUGAGCCCAGACAACCUACAGGCCCUCAUAAAGGAGGUAGCAGAUGCUGUGGGCGCCGGCGUUGAUCCAAACAGCAACACGUCCACCUUCAACAGCCAGUGGGACCUGGCCAGUGCCUUCUUCUUCUCUGGGACCAUCGUCACCACCAUUGGUUUUGGGAACAUCUCCCCAAAGACUGAAGGGGGGCAGCUGUUCUGUAUCUUCUAUGCCCUGGUGGGGAUCCCUCUGUUUGGUAUCCUGCUGGCUGGAGUUGGAGACCACUUGGGAACCGGUCUGAGGAAAGCCAUCCUCAAAAUAGAGUUCCUCUUAUCGAAAUGGAAGGUGAGUCCUACUAUCGUUCGAGUCAUCUCAGCCGUCCUCUCCAUCCUGUUGGGGGUAGCACUCUUUGUUGCCGUGCCAACUCUGGUGUUUCAGGAGGUGGAGAAGUGGAGUCUCCUGGAGGCAUCCUACUUCGUCGUCAUCACCCUCACCACCGUGGGUUUUGGGGACUAUGUUGCAGGUGAUAGUGGAGAUGGUGGCAAAGACCACUGGUACAAGCCAUUGGUGUGGUUCUGGAUCCUGUUAGGCCUGGCAUACUUUGCUUCCAUCUUGUCCAUGAUCGCAAACUGGCUUCGGGUCCUGUCCAAAAAGACCAGGGCUGAGAUGGAGGAGCUCAGAGCCCGCACCACUGACUGGGGUCAAAACAUUCAGAACAUGUCUGUGGACUUCCGCAUACCAGACGACCCUUUCAAACGGCGCCGGCGGAAGCAUCGCCAUGGCCCACGCAGCCAUGGGGCGAGCCGGGCGUCUGGGACCAGGGCUCCAGGAGAGGUGGGCCGGGGGACGGAGAAUGGCCAGAGAAACAGCCAGUCCGAGACCGGGUCCUCCUCGUACUCUUACUCUUCUAACGAGUCCGGGUCCGGGUCUGAGACGGAGUCAGAGGUCACGCAGUCCGAGCAGGUAGCGGAGGGGAAAGAGAGAGAUGUGGAUAAGGAGAAGGCCUUUCCAGGCGGCCCGUAUUCCCAGCCUCUGGACUACUUUGGGGAGAACCUGGCAUAUAUCGAUGAGUCUUCAGAUGCAGUGAGUGGAAAAUUACAUCUGGAUCCGCUGCUGGAUCCCACACAGCCCAUCUCUGGAGGCUCACGGAGGCCCAAGAGGAGGCGUCCCAGGAGACAACCCCCAGAGAAGAGCAACAAAAUCAGCCCUACCAAGCCCCAGAAAAAGGAGCCCAACGGAGACAUCCAGCCCCCUGAAAAUCCCCCGCCCCCUCCUCCGACAGAUGGAUGA